AUGGCGUCCCAAACUCCCGCGUCUUGGGGAAAUGUGGCCGUCCAGCAUCGUCCUCCGUGGAUCUGGUCAUCAAAUGCAAACGUCCACGUUGCCAAGAACCUCUCGUGGUUUGAGGAUGACUACCUCCCAAUCUCGUCUUACUAUACAGAUACUCUUCAAAACCAAUCGACCCGGAUUGUCGGAAUCGGUACGGUCAUUCUGCCCACUCGGAGCCACCCAAACAAUCUGCUGCGCGAAUACAACGAGAAUAUCGUCCUCCACAAUGUCCUCCACGCGCCUGAAGCCCAUUUCAAUCUCAUUGGAAGGCCACUUCUGGAAGAGUACCAGGUGACUACCCACAACGGCGGAGAAACUCCCAGUUACAUUAGUCGAAUUUCUGAUGGCGAGACGGUGGCCUUUUUCAAGCCCCUGGGCACGAAUAUCACGGAGUUCGAACUCCAACUCAACUGUCAUCGACGAUUCUAUGAAACGGGACACCCUCCGUUGCCUCCAUACGAAGUGAACAUAUUGCAAGCCUACUGGCCUGCUAAGGAGCAGGAAAAUGUUGAAGCCACCUUGCAAAGGAUUUUGCCAAUACAGCGUCCUAUUAAUCAGACUCAUGGUAAAUUCUUCCAGGACCGCGGUUAG